CAACACACACAUCUGGAAACAAUUGAGGAGGGAGAGGAAGAGAGACUGUCAAAGAAGGAGAGAGGCGAAUAUUUGUUAACAAAAGAAAACACAGAUAGGGGGAAUCUUUCCAUUUGGAAAAUUACAUGCAUUCAAUACAGAGUUCAGAAUCGGGGAAGAGAACAAGUUAACUGGAGAAAGCUGGCAGGCACAAUCUACCAGUGAAGAACAAUAUAGAGGAAGAGAAGACAGGAAAGCUGACUGAAAAGCCUGGCUGGUUCAGGGAUCAGUCCGAAGGAGAUCUAAAAGGAAAACUGAGUAAAGAUCAAAACCAAGAAGUGAAGGAGCGGGGAGUUACCAAGAGAAGGGUGACAAAGACAGGAUCUGAAAGGGCUGAAACUCAUCUUCAGGAUGUCAGUGUCUCGGAGGUGUCUGUGCUGUGUCAAAUAUUUGAUGUUUGUCUUUAACCUCAUCUUCUGGCUAGGAGGAUGUGGCUUGUUCGGUGUUGGAGUCUGGUUGUCCUUCACGCAGGCAGAGUUUUCCUCUCUUCCCCUGUCCUUUCCGUCCCUCUCAGCUGCCAAUCUGCUGCUGGUCGCCGGUGGCAUUACCAUGGUGACCGGCUUCCUGGGUUGUCUUGGAGCCCUUAAAGAGCAGCGCUGCCUGUUGUUCAUGUUCUUUGUGAUCCUCUUGCUCCUGGUCUUGACAGAGGUGACUCUAAUGUUGGUUAUACACAAUUUCCAUGACAAGCUGGAUUCCAAAGCACAAGGUGAAUUAAAGGAAGGUAUGAAGAUUUAUAAUUCAGAACCUGGACUGAAAAAAUCCUGGGACAAUGUCCAGAAAAUGUUCAAAUGCUGUGGAGUAACAAACAAAACAGACUGGUAUGAUGUGCUGAAUGGAACACUGCCCUCAUCCUGUUGCUCUGUGGGGACAGACCAGUGUGUUGAAGGAUGGAGUGAGCCAUGUUAUCAGAAAGCCAGGCAGUGGCUGCUGGAUAACAUCCCCUCAGUUCUGGUGUUUGGAGUGUGUAUCGGUGUUGUGCAGAUCUUGGCCCUGGUGUUCUCCAUGCUGAUGUACUGUCAGAUUCUGUGCGCUGAGAAACAUUUGGACUGACUGCAGACCAGCUGCUCACUGGCCCCUGAUGUGAAGGCUCAUCACAAACUCCUCUGAAAUCUCUGCCAUACACCCCUUCAAUAUGAUCCGAACGUUCAAAAGACUGUAAUGAUCCAGUGUUUAUUUUGGUUUCAGUCCUGAAAUAGGUGCCUUAUAAAUCCCUUAAGAUUCCCCAAAAAACUCCUGUAACACUAACAAAGAUCAGUGGGUGCACUGACACUGGUGGUACAGAAAGCCAGUAGUAACAGACUGAAGAGGUUGGUUUUCUUUGUACCAGCCAUAGAAAUGUCAGAUCAUCAAGUUUUCAUUUUAGAAUCCAUUGGCCUCCAGACAAAACAAAUUAAAAUAAUCUUGAUGCAUUGCUCCUGCAGAGUAACCUAAGGGGAAACAUGAGUCCAAUGUUAUUUUUAAAUUCUAUUUUUAAAAGACACAUUUUGCUCUCUCCAUAUUUUAUAGUAUUUUGCCUCCACAGUUGCAAAUUUUAGAUUGUUUUUAAUGUGGAGGUGUGAAAUUUGUUAUGUUAUGUGAAACAACAAGAGGUGCAUUCGUUAUUUGGACUUAUUAAUUUAGAUGGGGCACUAUGGUGCAGUGGUUAGCAGUGUUGCCUUACUGCAAGACAGUUCUGGGUUCAAACCUGCUGGCCUGCUGGGGCCCUCCUGCCUGGAGUUUGCAGAACUCUCCCUGUGUCAGCAUGGGGUUUCGCCAGGUUUUCUGGCUCUUCCUCCAACAGUCCAAAUUUUAACUUGCUGGUAGGUGUGAAUGUGAAUGGUUUACUGUCUCUAAAGGUCCUGACACACCAUGCCAAAGGUCAGCAAUUGAUCAAUCAAUAUGUUUACAUGCACAGUUAAGUGGAGCUACAGUUACAGCUCGACUAGGCAAUUUAAUUGGACUACUGUCCUUGUUCCAGUAUACAAGCACGAGAGGGGAAUUGAUUUAUUGACCGGAGGAUGUCUGAAUCCGCUACGAUAGGUAGGGAUAUGCCCCCUUUCACCUUGUUAGUAUUGGACCUAAUUCCAGUUGACCUAUUACGUCACAGACCAAACAAUCGACAAACAAGUUAACUACGUUUAGCUAGCAGCAAACUGGUACUGUGAUGGUCAAGUUUACAGCUCUGUGCAUUUUGUCCGUCCAAAAAUUACACAACUCUGGAUGUAGAUUUCACUAUUUUGUCACCAGCUUCUUUCUCUGUUAAGCAUUUAAUGCUAUUUGACUCCUAGGUCAAAGUCCAUGGUGGAAGCUGCGGAGCAUUUGCAGAGUAGGCCAGUUUGGAUCCGAUUGACUGUAUACAUGCAGGAGUAAUUCAACACCCAGUCGCAUUAUCUGGGUGUGUUAAUCCAACUUUGAAAAAUUAGAUUUAGCAAGAUGCCUGUUUACAGGUAUGCUAAAAGUCUGGUUUUAGUCGCACUAACACAAUAAAUUAUUUUUCUUUAAUGUCAUGUAAACACACUGAAUGUUGGGCAAUUGGUGAGCAUCUGUUGCCCUAGUCUUUGCAGUGUGUCCUGCACUGUUGCCCCUUGUUGGUUUAUUUUCAGCUGAUUCAGCAUGUUGAAUCAGUGUCAGUGACAGCAGAACCUGUUGGUGAAAGAAAUCACUCUGAUUGGCAGUUCAGCUCAGCACAUGAGAAGAGAAACAGAAGUGAGUUCAGUAAACAAAGAGCUAAAGUCCAGAGGGAGUGAGACCAAAACAAACUUGUUAUAUAAGGUAAGAUUAUUUUUUAAGCCAUUGAGCUCUUUAGCAGAAACGUUUCCUGAUGGUUUGUGUAAUUGUUCACCGGCGCAUGGUAAAUACUUUCUGUUCUUUCAACAUUGGAUUUUGUUAACUAGUGUCUUCCUGUUUCCCUUUUUGAAUGACAAUUUCAGACCACUGUCGGCUGGUGUGGAGAGCUAUUUCCUCUCAUGCAGGUGCAGAACGUACGUGCUGGUUGGACAUUGGCUGUAGUCUUUGCUGUGUGAUCAUGUGCAACUUUUUGGGCUUCAUUGCCGCUAGUUCUCGGAAGUCAGUUUGGUGUGUCUUUGCCUUAAAGGGCCAGUGUGUAAAAUGGGUUGAAAACAGUGACAUCAGUGGUCAAAUUCUAGAUUGCAGGGCUCACUCGCUCACCCCUCCCGUCGGGUAAAUGACGGUGGCCUCGUAGGGACAAAAAGCCUUGCGCACGAGUUUUUCAGGAGUAGGUCUAUCUAG